GCACGCCUCAGUGUAAAAGAGUCGUUCGUCGGUUUGUCCGAGUUAUUAAUGGCAAUAACAAUUGUCAACGUUUAUUGACGUAUUUAGAAGUAUUGUAAACUGAUAUCGAAAAUAACAAACAGCUCAUGUGGUUAUUCAGUUCGGAGUAUGAGAAUCGAUUUUAAAGUUAAUUUCAACUUUUUAUUUUGCUUCAACUGGAUAAUCUUGGUCAAGUAAAAUUUGUGGCCACAUACACAAGUGAAACUUUUAUGCUGGUAUGCUGGAGGAAGUUCACAGCAUCGAGGUUACAGUGUGGUGAAUGUACAGUUCAGACACGUAGAAGAUAGUACCAAUUACUUUUCAUGAAAUGUGACUGCACGAUUGUUGGAGAAGUUUAGUGAUACGAAAAUGCAAUCCGUGGUACAGGAACCAGUCAGUGAGGCACCUGUGCUGCCGAAGUGAACCAUCAAAUUCCACCGUCAUCCACCAGAAACGCAACAAAACAGAACAUUACAGAACGAAGAGACUGCUCGGUACAACGAAUUCGAAGUUCGUUCAUAUCUUGAAUAAAAAAAAUCAAAAUGUUGAAUACCUAGAUUUGAACAGUCGGCGUAGUUAAACUAAGUAGAAUUAUUGAGCUCACACAACAAAUGGACUCGUCUCAGGGCAAUUUAGCGCCCGGACAAGAGAUACGAGUCGUCAGCGCAUCGGUAGUGGCGCAACUGCAGGCCCAAGGAUUACAGGGCAAUGAGCUUAAUGCAGCAAUCAUGGCUGCAUCGCAGCCUCAAAAUGCGAAUCAACAGGCGGUACAGCAACAACAGAUUCAGCAGCAUCAGCAACAACAACAACAACAGCAGCAGCAACAGCAACAACAGCAGCAGCAGCAGCAACAACAGCAGCAGCAACAACAACAGCAGCAGCAACAACAGCAGCAACAACAACAGCAGCAGCAGCAACAACAACAACAACAGCAGCAACAACAACAACAGGCACAAGCGGUUCAACAACAGCAACAACAACAGCAACAACAGCAGCAACAACAACAGCAGCAACCGCAGCAGCUUCAUCAGCAGCAACCCCAACAGCAAGUUCAUCUGCAACAGUUCACUCAAGUUCCUCAGCAGCAGCCGCAGGUGAUUACGCUUCAGCAGCUGCAGAACUUCCUGCCUCAGCACCAGUUGAACACGCUCACCACGGCCGAUGGCACGCCGGUGCAAGUGGCCACUUCAUCGGCCGCAACCACCCCGGUGGGAACUCCGGUGAAGACUUUUGUCACCUCGCCGCCUCAGAUACAACAACCGCAGAUUUUGAAUCUACAAGGCUUGCCACAGCAGUUCCUGCAGGGUAGUCAAAUCAUUCAAAAUCCGAACGGACUGUUUCAGAUGAUUCAACCAGUGCAGACGAUUAACGUUGACGGCCAGGAAACUCUGUUUGUACCGGGAGGACUCCAAGCCGGUCAAUUGGCGGGGGCACAGGCCGUUCAAAUUAACGGUCAGCAGGCAUUUAUCACUCCCUCAGGACAAUUGAUACGAGCCCCCAAUGGGGUCGUUCCGACCAAUUUCCUGCCGAACGUGGCACAGGCCGUGCAGCUACCGAACGCUGGUCAGGCUACGCUUACUAUCCCGGGCACUAAUAUAACAAUCCCCUUGGGUACAACUAGCACGGCAAAUGUUCUAGCUCAACAACAACAACAACAACAACAGCAGCAGCAACAACAGCAGCAACAGCAGCAGCAACAGCAACAACAGCAACAACAGCAGCAACAAGCCGCUGUUGUAGCUGCUGCGAAUGCAGCUGUUGCAAACCAGCAGCAGCAUACUCAAUCGCAAGCGCAACAACAAACGCAACAGCAGCAACAGGUUCAAGCCCAACAUCAACAGGCUCAAGCCCAACAGCAGCAGCAACAACAAACGCAACAAGUUCACAUUCAACCUCAACAACAAACUGCUGCGCCGCAGAUUCAACAGAUUCAUCCGGCUACUAUCACAAUUCCUGGUACCAAUAUUCAAGUACCCACAUCAGCCGUAACAGCUCAGAACAUUUUGCCAAAUAAUAUUACCACCAUAAAACUGGAAGGAGGUCAAAACGUUCAGGUGCGACCGGCCGGUGCUAUGCCACAGGUGGUGCAAUUCCCGAUGCAGCAAACAAUCCCGGUACAGGUGCCGAUAUCGACCGGAAACGGGCAAACCGUAUAUCAAACCGUCCACGUGCCAAUUCAAGCAUUCGGUUCGGCACUCGUCCAACCGCAAAUGCAAGUGAUACCGCAGAUUCCCCAGGUAGCGAACAUCAUAACACCGAACGGACAAAUUCAGCAGGUUCAGCUAACGUCGCUGAAUCAUCUAGCCGGAUUGCAGGCAGCUUCCGCACCGCAGAAUAUCAUUCUGCAACAGCCGCAAAACAUGGCACAGGCUUCGGCGUCCACCGGGGCAAACCCGUUGAUGUCUGCCAUUCCCACGGGGACGGUUCAGACCGGAGUUGCCAACGCGCAAGAUAGCAGUCAGCAACAGCAACAGCAGCCUCAACCGCAACCUCAACCGAUCACAAUAGCUGGUCCGCAUGUCGGCCAGCAGAUUACGGUGAUACCGUCCAAUAGUCUCCCGCAACUCCGCCAAAAUGCAGCCAACAUUAUUCAAAUGCCGAAUAUACCCGGGCUGCAAGCAAUCCCGGUCCAAAACAUACCAGGAAUUGGAAACGUUCAGGUGAUCCCGACAAAUUUCAUGCAACCGGUUCAACCGCAAACAGCGGCGUCGCAGCCUCAGUUGAACCCGGUCAAUCAAGUAGGGCAAGCUAUAUCCCUUCAGCAGGCAGCGGCGCAUCAAUUAUCAAGUAUAAAGCAGGAUCCAAACGACCCCGGUAAGUGGUAUAUCAAGCAGGAAGCUAUCCCCAUUCAACCACAACCGGUCAGCGUUUCCUGUAAUACCAGUACCAGUGGCAGUGGUACCAGUGUAUCGUUCCCGGCAAUGCAAACGACUUCCGCGGGGAACAGUAAUAUUCUACCGACGCCCACCCCACAGCCGAUCGUCAGCGGAAACCAUCAGAUCAAGGGUGAGAUACUCAGUCCGGCUACGCAGACUUCGGUCAAUGUGAACAUCAGUGUUGGCGAGGGCAACGAGCAGGUACAGAAACCUCGCGUCCGACGAGUUGCCUGUACUUGUCCGAACUGUGAGACCAAGGGCGAGGGACCACCGGAUCGGAAGAAACAGCACAUUUGUCACGUGAGCGGUUGCAACAAAGUAUACGGAAAAACGUCCCACUUGAGAGCGCACCUGCGGUGGCACACGGGUGAACGACCGUUUGUGUGCUCGUGGAUGUACUGCGGUAAACGUUUCACCCGGUCCGAUGAGUUGCAGCGGCAUCGGCGGACCCACACCGGCGAGAAACGGUUCGCUUGUCCCGAGUGUAACAAGAAGUUUAUGCGCAGUGAUCACCUGUCGAAGCACAUCCGAACGCACAACAAGCUGAAGAAGGACCACGUGCGCUAUCUACUGGAGUUGGGCGACUCGAAAUCGGGUGGGCUCAGCGAUGAGGGCGACGAAGAGUUCUAUAUGGCCGAUGAGGAUCUUAAAGAUGACGAAGACGAUGACGACGAUGAACCGGUUCUGAUGGAUAGUCAAUCACCCAUCAAACCGAAAUUGGAGCCCGGUGUUACACCCACCGGUGGCACUACAACUGCUGUAACCGUGACGGGGCCACCACCCACUCCUACGGUGGGAUUGAUGAUGGCCGGUGGCCAUGCAGCUGGUGCCGUGCAACCAGUGGCCGUGACGAAUGGCUCUAGUACCGGUAUUGUCUGGAUUGCGGCUGCACCCAUGCUGGGUUUGCAGCAUCCCACGGCAGUUAGUCAACCGACGCCUUCUAAUCCGCUACCACCACCGCUCUACAGCAUCAAACAGCUCAACAGUUCGCAGGAAGUGGCCAAUUCGGCAAAUUCGGCCUCCUCGGAUAGCAACGACAGUUCAGACGAGAAGAUGAUGAUCACCCUCGGCAGUGAAGAUCAGGAUCAAUCGAUCGAGUCCAACUAGCAUAUCGAAACGCUGUCCAUACAUCAAUUUGCAUCUUUCGAUAGCUGUAGAUUACCGUUUGGGCAGUUUGAGGCACAGUUUUAAGUUUAUUUUCGGAUGAAAUUUGGCAGGGUUUUAAGUACUUAGCUGAAAUGUUUAUUUGAAAUAUCUGUUCUAUUGAUCCGCGCUUCGGCUAAGUGCUCAAAUGUUUCAAGCAUUGCGAAAUGCUAGAUACAUCAUCAGACUGACCGGUUUAUUUCGAAUUACCUUCAGAUAGUUUUGCUAACGACCGACUGUCGAAACCAAAAACAUGUUUAAAAACUAAUUUUGAAUUUUUCACCGAGAUCAUCUCAAAUAAUUUAUAAUCUCAGCGCUUGAAAACACAUGAACUCAAUCAAUCAACGCGGAGAAUAAAUGCGUUGAAAUAAAUAGAACUGCGUUUUCGUUGAACUGCUAUCAUCUCAAUGCUUUCCUUUCGGCCAAAGGGAAAACUUUCAAAUUCCGUUACCCAAAGUCUCGGAGCUUGAAAUUUUCCCCAUUGGUCGUGUUUGUGAAUACGAAAAAUGAGGAAAACUCAGUCGAUUUUAGAUAUUAGACACCAACCUCCGUUUUACCGACUGCUAGUACUAAAUAGUAUCAUCUUUUAACGAAUAGUGAGGAGGCUCGAAACGUGGUUUCUGUUUUCUAACAUUCUUCAGAUCUAACUGAACAGUGGAGUGAAUUGAUUGAGCGAACCAGGCAAAUAAAUGUGGAUGAAUGUGACGAUAGGAUUAGGAUUUUUAGUCUAAAUGUUGGUUCUUUCCCUUGUAAAAAUUAACCGAUUUCCAAAUCUAGCUCUUCUCGAUGUUCGUAUAAGCGUGUAGGCAGACUAAUUAGGUAUAAAUUGGAUAUUUUUGGAUUCAACUCAUCCUAAAUUUUUGUAGAAUAAUUAUUUUAACACGCAUAUGUACGGAUUUAACUUAUUUAGCGAAUAAUUUAUAUUGUUGGUUUUACUCGUUUUUGCUUCACUUUGGAAACGAAUCAAAAGAAACAUUGGAAAACAGGAAAUCUUAUGUACCUUGACAGUGACUAAAAACAAUUUUUUUAUUAUCACCAUAAGAACGCUGUUGGUGUAAUGUUCUAAGUUGUAUCAUAUUAUAUCGAUUGUAUUGCGUCUGUACUGUGGAUAGAUCGAAAACAAUAACAAUAAAUUAAAAACAACAUUUUAAUAUUUG